UUGCAUGUUAUUAUAGUGAAAUGAGAGGAGGUCGCACGCGUGGUGGCGAAAACGCACGAGGCGCACGAGGUGGUGGUAGUGGUGACACAGGACGGCCAUCAGUCUUGGAACCGAUGAGCAGCCUGGACGUCAGCGAAGUGCCGCAAGGCAGUGGCCAGGAGCGGCCGCUCCACGCUCCCAAGAGACCAAGAAUUUUGCGCUCGGCAACAGUUACCAACAUUCGAGAGCAUACGGGAGCGUUGAGCACUGCUGACGAUGCUGGGCCGCCGUCGGUUCCAAUUGACAUUCCAACUGAUGUGCCAUCAUCACUGCCACCACCAGACCCCGCACCCGGACUGGAAGAGCUGGAGGCGUCGUCACCGGCACUAUAUUUGGAAUGCGGUGGUAGCGGCGUGUCCACUCCACGUGCUGCGGGGAGUGGGCCGUUGACGCCACGAGGCGAUACGAGGCGUAGUUUGUUGGAACGUCCGAACGACCACGAAAUAAUGGAACAUCUGUUCUAUGGAAGUGAGGAAGAUUCUUCGGAGGAGGAAGAGGACGGGGACGCUCUGCCGAUGCCAAUUCCGCGCACGGUACGAGCGUUCCUCGAGGAUGAGUUCCGUGGGGAAGAGGGGGCCGCACCAGCGGCCCUUGAUUUUUCAUGGCCUCCUACGCACUUCACCCCCUCCGUCGAGCCGCCUUCACCCACAGUUCAGAUGUUGCCAGCGGUCCCGGUCUUGCAGCCAGCGGUCCCGGAGCCCGCAGUUCCGGAGCCAGAGGUGCCGUCGGCGUCGUUCAAUUUGGAUAAGUUUGACUUCCAGUGGAGAGCUUUCACUCAACCUCAAAUCGCACCUGAGUUGAGGAGGGAAACGUUCUCCGAAAUUAAUUGUGGACCCACUACUCCGUAUGCCACCCCAUAUGACGCUUUUGUAGCCAUUUGGGAUCAGCAAAUUAUGGAGCACAUUGUUGUAGAGACAAACCUGUACGCCCAACAGCUAGCGGCGAUUAUGAUUCAGUCAAACACUAUGUGUCCUAGCAGUAGGAUAACAAAGUGGGUGGACACGACUGUCGACGAACUGUACGUGUAUUUCGCCAUAACUCUAGUAAUGGGGAUUGUGGUGAAAUCGCGUAUUGAGGAGUACUGGAAUUGUUCUCGUGACAUUUUCUGUACUCCUGAGUUCCCGACAGCGAUGAGUUGUGAUCGCUUCUUGUUGUUGAGUAGGUGUCUCCACUUCCAAGACAACGCGUUUUGCAAUCCUGGUGAGCUAACGAGAGCUCAAGCUAAAUUGUUUAAAAUUCAGCCUAUCGUUGACCAUUUAAAUAUUAAAUUCUCCCAUUUGUAUACAUUGGAUCGAAAUGUGGUACUUGAUGAGAGUCUGACGAUGUGGAAGGGGUGGUUGGCCAUCAACCAAUUUAUUGAAAAUAAAGCAGCAGCAGUCGGAAUCAAGAGUUUUGAGCUGUGUGAGUCAAAGACCGGAUACUUGUGGCGUUUUGAGGUCUGUUCGGGUCACGAAGAAGCCUUAAAUGCUCAAGCGUCCCCAGUCUCUGGGAUCAUACCCUCAAUAGUCUUGAGGCUACUGAAGGGUCUCGAGCACAGAGGCCAUACGGUAUGGAUGGAUAAUUAUUAUAAUUCUCCUGCACUAUCCCGGGAGUUAAAGUGCCGUGGGUUCGACUGCGUGGGGACGCUACGCACGAACCGCCCGUUCGUUCCCACGGAACUGAUGCACCUUUCAAAGGGCAACAGGGCUGUCGGUCAGGUGUGUGGCUGUACCUCAGGGGACGUUGAUCUCAUUGUAUGGCGAGAUAAGAACAGUGUGGCUCUUACCUCGACAUACCAUGGGUUAGCUACCGUGAAGUGUGGCGCCACCCUGAAACCGACCGUCAUCGCAGAUUAUAAUCUGUGUAUGGGGGGCGUUGAUCGUAAAGAUAAAAUGCUGGCGAUGUAUCCCCUUGAAAGGAAGCGUACUUCCGUGUGGUACAAGAAAUUGUUCCGGCGGUUGCUGAAUGUGAGCACAUUAAAUGCCUACAUACUAUACAAAUCCCAGCAAUCAACUACUCACCGAAGUUUUCGCAAGACUUUGGUGAAGGAGUUGUUGUCACGGCACUCUCCACAACCCAGGCCUACGCCCACUAUUACUCACCAUACUGAAACAGUCAGAAACACACAAGGCUUCAAGCACUACCUGAAGCAGUACACUGCGUUGGAGACCUCCAGCCACCGGCGGAACUGCGCGGAGUGUGGCAAGCGCGUCACAUCGUACUGCAACGGGUGCGAAAAAGCGCUUUGCGUUUUUUCAUGCUUUGAGCCUUACCACACAAAACUGUUCAGAAACACUACACAGUAACACUUUUUUUUUUACAGACAUGGUAUUUGUGUGCGUAUGUUUAGCAACCAUCGUAACAGCUUUUUGUUGUAGGUAUAAUAAUUGUCCAUAUAUCGUAGCUGCUUUGUUUUUGAUGGCUACAUUUUGAUCCCUAUAUUUAUUUAUUUAUGUAUAGUAUUUAUUUAUGUAUGUAAUGUAUAUUUUACCU